AUGAGCUUCUCGGCCGGCAGCAGUAGCAGUUGCGCCAUGCUGGCUACGGCGGCCAUUUGGGGCAUCUCUGCCGUGGUGGCAUAUGCCGUAUUUGCGCGCUUCCGAGACUGGCGACGCCUGAAGCACAUUGAUGGACCCUCCCUGGCCGGCUGGACCGAUUACUGGAUGAUAAGGAGCCAACUCAGCGGCCGGAUGAACCUAGACCUAGCCGACGUUGUUCGUGAAUACGGACCUGUCGCGAGGAUCGGCACCAACACUAUUGUUUGUGCAGACGUCAAAGAAUUACGCAAAAUCUGGGCAGUGCGCUCAACUUGGAAACGCCCUCGGUGGUAUCUGGGACUCCGGAUCGACCCGUACAGCGACAAUGUCUUCUCCCUCAUGGACGACAAGGUUCACGAGACACUCCGCUCCAAGUUGAUGCCCGGAUAUGGCGGCAAAGACGUCGAUGGGGUGCAUGAGAUCAUCGACGAGCAGAUUUCGCUUUUCGUGCGGCUGCUCGAAGACAAGUAUCUGUCGGUUGACGGCAAAGAUAGCGAGGGCAAGUCUUUCCUGCCGGUCGACUUGGCCAGGAAAGUUCAGUUCUUGACGUUGGACAUCAUCUCUUCCCUGGCCUUUGGCGAGUCCUUUGGCAACCUCGUUGCAGACGACGAUGCACUUGGCUACAUCUCAACAACGGAAAAAUCGAUGCCCAUGCUCAUGUUUGUGACACUGGUGCCGUGGCUCACGGCAGUCUGGCAAUCCCCGCGACUCCGAUGGGCCUUCCCAGAUGCUCGCAAGAUGGUGGGCAUCGGCGACGUCAUGGCUAUCGCCCGCAGGGUCGUCGGUGAGCGCUACGGUGAAAAGCCCGAGGUCGUCAAGCGGGACAUGCUCGGCUCGUUCGUGGCUCACGGCCUGACCAAAGGGGAAGCGGAGAGCGAGACGAUGGUGCAGAUUGUUGCUGGGUCCGACACCUCUGCCACUGCGAUCCGGUCGACGCUCCUCUUCAUCAUCACCAAUCCUGCCGUGUAUUCCCGACUCCAAGCUGAGAUCGAUGCCGCUGCAGCGGAGGGACGAAUCUCGUCACCCAUCACGGACGCAGAGGCGAGGGCGCUCCCAUACCUGCAGGCAGUCAUCCGUGAGGGGCUCCGGAUGUACCCUCCUGCCACUGGUCUUCUUCCCAAGGUGUCGAGCAAGGACGAGAUCCUGUGCGGCAAGCACAUCCCGGCAGGCACUGAUGUCGGCUGGGCAGUGUGGCCUGUCAUGCGAGACAGGGGCGUGUUCGGAGACGAUGCCGACCUGUUCCGUCCAGAGCGGUGGGUAGAGGCUGCACCCGAGCAGUGGCGCGUCAUGGAUCAGACUGUCAUGAUGGACUUUGCGACGGGGAGCAGAUGGGAAUGUCUGGGCAAGACGAUUGCCAUGAUUGAGUUGAACAAAGCUUAUGUCGAGGUCUGCCCAGCUUUGAUUGACUGUUUGUCCAAGUGGGAGUCCAGUUUAAUCUCCGCUCUCACACAGACCUCAAGGACUAGGCGCCUUCCACAAGGCUUCUGA